GUGCCGAGUGUUUACGAUGUUCCGAAUCGAGCUCUCCGUGUUUUGAAACAAUUUGUAACAUUUUUAAAUUUACUCACCUGCAAUACCAAUACUGAAGUACAACUAAGCACUAUUACAAAAUUAAACACUAAUUCAAGAUAUCGCAAUUUCGUCGUUGGAGUAUGAAAUCUGCCUCUGUAAUGAAGCUUUAUGUGACACUAAAAAAAACGGACGCGUUGAUUGACAAUUUGUAUAGUCGCACUAAGAAAAUACAUAGUCGGUUGAAAAACACAUAAAUUAUGUUGAUAUGAACAAUAUGUAUAGUGCUUUCAAACUUGACAAUCCAACUAUGUGUUUAUUCAUGGUAACAUUAUUAUAUUCUGAAGAAGAACUUACUCACAUGGUAGUCAUUACUAUAUCAGUUGGACCUAACUUAAUGGUGACCGAGAGUUCAAUUUCACCUUACUUGUAAUUGUCAUUGGGACUUUUUCGUUCUUAUUUUAAUGAUUGUCACAAUUACCACGCCAGAAAAGUCAUAAAGACAAAUAGUAUAGUCAAGUAGUAGAGUUUUUGUCCUAGUGCUUAUUACAAUACAGAUGGUGAAUAAUCUGAUAUCAUGGUCGUUACUAUUAUUUGAGUGCACAGUUGAAAUUACCAUGAGGAACAGGUUGCGGUUACUGUAACUUUUUUCUGAGUGUAUGAGUUAUGUCCAAAGAGGGAAUGUUUCCACGAAGCUAUGAUAAUAUUACAAAACUCAACUUGAAGAGUGAUGCGGAGCGAUUUCGAUUUAAUUUUAAAAAUUUUAUUUUGCGGUAUAUUUGAAUGAUCUACAAUCUUGUUUAAUUAAAAAAAAAAUUCAAUCGAUUUCACUGAAACUAUUUUUUUUAUUAGUGUACCUCUUGUCAAGCUUGUACUAAAAAUUAUCAUGUCAAAACGUAAAUUGGCAACACUUCAUCCAUGUUUACUUUUUGAUGCUCCAGCAGAUGCGAUAUGUUUUCUGUUUACUAAUGUUCGCCGGUUGGCCCAAAUUGAGUAUUACAUGAAAUUUCUAAGCUGUUUUAUAGAUGGAAUCCACCAAUAAAUAUCACGAUGAAAUUCCGAAACGUCUGCUUGGGCAGCUAGUUUUAGUGGAGAGAAUUGCUAUCAAUCGAAAACAUUCCGUGCUGGCUGUGAUAAUCAGUACCGAGCUUCGCCUGCUGGAAGUAAACCAACGUGCCAUAAUUACCUCAAUUGAUUUAGCGCAGUUUUUAGAUACUGCAGAACCAACGGCUCCGGUAUCGAGCAUUUUUGGAACGUCGCCACUGGUUCCAGAAACAGGUUCAAACGAGGGUAAGGAAAUUUCGCUUUCCAUUUUCCGCACAUACGAUGGAACUGAACGGAAGCUGUUCUAUUUGAUAAGCAUCGAUCGUAAAUUAGUGGUACUAGAGCGGAAUGAUCAACCGUCGGUAAAUUUCGUGCAUUUUCGAACUUUCGAUUCCUAUUCCCGACACGAAAUAACUGGAUUGAAAGAUAAUCCGGGGGUUCCGGUUGUGGAGAUCUAUCUGGAGCAUCAAACUGAACCUGUUGUAACUGAUUUUCAGUCCUAUUGUGUGGAGUCCAAUGAAGAAGCGGAGAAUAGCUUCGUUUGUUUCCACGAAAUUCAGAAAACGUUAAGAGAACAGACUAACGAAAAGCGAGCAGAGCUCGCCACCGCGCGGUCGAGAACCGGAGAACUAUUUGAUAAACUGAAUGAUCGCUUGAAGCAAGUCCCGUCGCUACUACGAAGCGAAAAUCCGGACGAAAAACGACCGCUUGUUAAAUAUGGUGAUAUCUGGAUCAAAGUCCACAACGAACAACUGGUAGUCGGCAUUCCGAUCUUCAACUGUACAUACAAACGACGUCUAACCUUAACGAACCUGAGCUUGUUUCUGGAUAAUGCUUCUAAGGCUCGUCUUGCUUAUUCGUGCAAAUUUUACCAGUUAGAUGACGAUGAUAUCUUGUUCAAAAACUACGAACAAAUUCUGGCUGCCGAGGAUAUCAUAUCCGAUGUCCCCUUGUUCCAGCAAGAAUGGGCCGUGCCAAAGAACAAUGUACUUCAUCCGGAACAAUCAGCUAUUUUCGUGGCCACAAUGGAGUUGACAUCCGUCCUUGAUCAGCUGGAAACGGCAACCACUUUUGAGUGCUUUGUUCUGUACGACGUGGCUACGCUGGAAGCAAAUAUCUGCGACCGACUUCAGCUGUAUUUGGGAGCGUUAGAAGUGAAACGAAGUGAUCUGUUCAGUGAUAGAUGUGCUGUUAGUUUUAAGGACAGUCGAAGUAUUUUCAAAGAUCUCCUUUCGUUGACCGCAACCUCUGAGUUUGUAGCUAUUGAAGUUAGUUUUGAGAAAGCGCCCGAUCGGGGUUUGGACCGGUUCUUCAUUGAAGCGCUCAAGUUUCAGUCAGUUUUGUUGACUAGCGCAAUCCAUUCCCAAGAAAUUUUGUACUACCCUGAUAGCGGAUAUUGGCAGGGAGUGCUGAUUAGAUUGGAUGAAUUGAAUCAAUCUAAACAAAAAAUUAAAAUUUACGGCAGAUAUAAACAUCAGAUAAUAACACUGAUUCAAACCAUUUAUUCGGACUAUGAGGAAAGGUGCUCUUUGAUGUUAGCAGAAGAUAAAAAUACUACCUUGGAGGAAUUCAAGGACAGCAUCAUCAAUGAACUGAAGGUGAAAAUCGAAAAGCCAUUGGAUAUUCAGCAAAUCGCUUCCCAUGAGCUGAAAACAGAUUCUAUCUAUUCAAAGUUGGCCCUAGAAUAAAGACAAAAUUAAAACGAUCAAAUAACUUUGCAGCAUAUUAU